AUUGUCAUCUCACGAACACAACAAUAAUAAUAAUAAUAAUCAACAAGUAGUGCCGCUGUUAUUAUCUCUCUAAGAAAUAUUCAACGUCUUUGACUGGUUGAUAAAAAAAAUAUUUAUCAAUUUUUUUUUUCAAAUUGAUCAAACCUUGCUGUCUGUUUAAUUUUAAUAUUAUUAUUACAUACAUAAAUAUUCAAUAUUAUCUGCGCAUUGGUUAUUACUUAUUUUUAGGGACGAUCGCAGCGGGUGUAGUUCCGUUGUCGUGCUCAUCGAUUUCAUACUGUUAUUGCAGUAAUAAUUUUUAAUAUUUCGAAUAAAAGUGAAAAUAAAACGCCAUGGACAUUACCGCAUCAACGGACAUCAUGAUAAUUAGUGGAAAUUCGCACCUCGAACUAGCCAAUUUGGUCGCCCGGUAAUCAUCUGAACGGAAUUAAUAGAAAAUUUAAAUUGAUGUUAUGUUUAUAAUAUUUUUCGUGUAGUCGACUUGGAGUAAAGCCGGCUCGUUGUGCCGUUUCUUAUACUACAAAUCGAGAAACGUCCGUUCAAAUCAGUGAUUCUGUACGUGGAAAAGAUAUUUAUAUCAUUCAAACUGGUUCGAAGUAUGUAUAUCUAUUAUCUAUGCAAAAUUUAAUCCACAAAUAAUCUUUAAUGUUCAUUAUAAAUUUAUUAAUAUUUGUUAUGAAUGGUUGAAAAUACACAUAAUACUGUAUAACUAUUUAGGUGUUUGUUAAAAUGAAUACUUUUAUCUUAAAGUAUGCAAAACACGCUAACACAUUUACUAAAACAAACUACUUUUGAUUACAACUUAAAACUAAAAUGCUCAAUUAUCAAGGUUUGCAAACACUUGUGCUACUAUCUACAACUGCUACUAAGUUCACUAAAAAUACUUACUUAUGUAUUUUUUAGUUGGUUACAAUAAAUCUAUUAAAGUACUCAUAUAGGUACUUAUACUCAAUCAAAGGUGAUAUUAUAUUUUAUUUUGUUUAAUUUUUUUUUUUUCAAGCAUCAAAGUGAUUUUAUCAUUGUAUAGUGCACCAUCUGUAAUGUUUUAAAAAUAACUCUAUUUAAAUAAAUAACUCUUAUUCAUUAUACUAUAUAGGUUUACAAUUAAUUUGUAUAUUACAAAGUUCACAUAGUUCAAUUUUCUGAAGUUGCCUUUAGCCCAUAUUGUAUUUUCAUUUUACUCUAGAAAUCUAUUUUUAUUAUUCAUAAUGUAAAUAUAUUCAUAAAACCUUAUUCAGUAUCAAUAUAAUGUAAAAAAAACCUAUUUAGGACAAAAUUACUUGCAUAAAUACUUGAACUAACCUACAUAUUAAACACUCAUACCACUCUGUACAUACCUAUUUAAUUAUUUAAAAUUAAUUACAUUACUAAUCUUACCAUUUGGGUGGUGGCAUAGAUUGGCUUUGUAUCACAUCAAACAAUUUUAUGUGAUAAAUACAGCCACAAUAUUAAUAUUUUAUUACAACACUGGCACCAAAACAAUUCUUAGGUUUAUCAUUGCCAAUUAACUUUGUCAAUUAUUGUUAAUUGUUCUUAUCAACUAACAUUAUUCAUUAGAUGUAACCGAUAAUAUUUCUUGUGCUCUUAAUAAUAAAAUAUUUACCUGUUUUUUUGUUUUUUAAUCUAUUAGUGGUCUCUACAAUUAAAAUUGCUUCAUAUGCUAAAUGAUUUUUAAUCCAAUUUAUAUGCAAAUAAACUAUCAGUAUAUAAGUUUAAAAUUUUAAACUGCACAUUAAAACAUUUAAACAGAGCAUUGGCAUAUAAAUGCCACAACAAAUUAGAAGUUACAGAAUGUUAUAUAAAUUAAAAAUUAUUUUCUCUUUAUAAAUUCUCGAGUUUUAGCUAAAGGUUGCUAGAUUUAAACUCAUACCUAACUGAACUCUUAAACAUUUGACAGAACAAUAAAAUAUUUUAUCAUACUAAACAGUUAUGUAAAAAAAUUGAGUACAAUAAUUAUUGAGGCGUAACUUCCACCAAGCCUUUCAGUUUUGGCCCUUCUAAAUAACUUCUAAUAUUAAUAAUAUUGAAAAUACUUAUUUUUAGCCAAAUUUUAUUUUAUUUAUUACUAUUUCAUUUUAAAAUGUAAAUACCUAUUUUUUAAGUAUACUUACACAUCUGUUUUCUCAUGUUAAUUACUUUAUUGACAGUUUCUUUAAAACUUUAACUACACUUCAAAUGUAUAAAAUGUAAUUCUUGAAGAAAUCCAAUUAUUAAUAUUGUAUUUGUAUGAUAAAACUGUAUUAAGAAAUUCAAUUAAUAACAAAAAUAUUAACAUCUUGGACAAUAAUUAUUAAUAAUAAUCAAAUUUAUUAUUGUAAAAUAUUAUGCAAAUUUUCAUCAAAACUCUAUUUAUUUAUAGUUUUAAAAAAAUAAGUACAUUAUAACUUAUGUUUAGAGAUUAAUUUAUGUUUAUAAUUUAUUCUAUGUUAAUUAUAUUAAUUAGCCAUUUAUAAUUAAUAUUAUUAAUCUCCAUUACAUUUUAUGAAAUUAUUUUAGGGAUGUAAAUAAUAACAUAAUGGAACUUUUGAUCAUGGCAUAUGCAUGCAAAACAUCAUCAGCCAAAAGCAUUGUAGGAGUCAUUCCUUAUCUUCCCUACAGCAAACAAUGUAAAUAAAUUUAUUACUUUACACAAAUCUUAAUAAUAAGUAAUCUACAAUACCUAUUAAUUAAUUGUUUUUAGGUAAAAUGCGAAAACGCGGUUCUAUUGUGUCCAAACUUUUAGCAAAGAUGUUAUGUUCAUCAGGUUUAACUCAUGUUAUCACAAUGGAUCUUCAUCAAAAAGAAAUUCAAGGAUUUUUUGAAUGUCCAGUUGAUAAUUUGAGAGCAUCACCAUUUCUUUUACAGUACAUUCAAGAAUGUGUAAGUCAAUUAUCAUCUAUUUAUAAGAUAAAUAUAAAAUCUACUAUUAAAUAAAUAAAUAUUUAAAAACAAAAAAGCUAACACUGCUGACAGGCGUACUGCUGUUGUUGGUGAAAUUUUAGGAAGGCAGGAUACAUAAAGUUAUUUAAUUUAUAUUUGUACACAAUAAUAAAUCAUUGCUGACAAAAUAUGUUUAUGAGUGAAAUUUACUCAUACAUGAUUUGAAAAGCAGUAAUAUUUAUAACUUAAGUGUUAUAUAAAUAAUAUGUGCAAAUUUCAGGUUUCUACAAAUAUUUUUAAUAAAACAGUAACAAAACUUAUGAAAGCGUUACCUAAUGCCAUAAUCCUAAUUUUUUCCUGGUUUUUCCUAAUAGUAGAACAAAUACAUUAUUCACUGUGCUUAGAUUGUAAAAAAUAAUUAUACAUUUAUUAUUUCCAUAGAUCCCUGAUUAUCGUAAUGCUGUAAUAGUGGCUAGAAAUCCAGGAUCAGCAAAAAAAGCUACUUCUUAUGCUGAACGUUUACGCUUAGGAAUUGCAGUCAUUCAUGGAGAACAAAAAGAAUCUGAUUCUGAUAUGGUUGACGGGCGUAAUUCUCCACCACCAUCAACUUCUCGUUCGAGAACAAUGGAUGUUGGAGUUGGAGUACCACAACAUCCAGCCAAAGAAAAACCUCCCAUAAAUGUAGUGGGAGAUGUUGGUGGCCGUAUUGCUAUUAUGGUGGUUAGUGAAUAAAUUUUGAAUUUUGCAAGUUUUAUAAGCAGACCCAGGUAGAAAUGGUUAUUUUUUUCAUGUUGAAUUGUCUUAAAAAAGUUUAAUAACUACACUUACUUUGAAUUUAUAUUUAACUUAUAGUCAGUAAAAAAGCUGUAAACUGUCAUAGUUUAAAUACUGUACAGUUUAAAAAUUGUAAUUUUCAGGCUAAUAAUAAUAAAACAUUUUAACUAUUUAAAGUUAAUUGAACAUGUUAUUGAAAAUAAAUAUUGCCUCGUUUGUCCAAAAUCAGUAAACUCUCCAGAAUACAAAUCUCAAUCUUUAUAAAAUACUUAUACAGAAAACUAUUUUAUUCACAGGAUGAUAUGGUUGACGAUGUCGCAUCAUUUGUAGCUGCUGCUGAAGUAUUGAAAGAGCGUGGUGCUUAUAAAAUUUAUGUUUUGGCCACUCAUGGUCUUUUGUCUUCUGACGCUCCAAGACUUAUUGAAGCCUCGCCAAUUGACGAGGUAAUUGUUGUUAAUACUGAAAUAAAAUUAAAAUUUAGAAAAUAUAUUUAUUUCAUUUUUUCACUAUAGGUGGUUGUAACAAAUACAAUUCCUCAUGAAAUCCAAAAAAUGCAGUGCCAUAAAAUAAAAACUGUGGAUAUAAGUAUUUUAUUAUCUGAGGCCAUUCGCAGAAUUCAUAAUAAAGAAUCAAUGUCAUAUCUAUUUAAAAAUGUUACAUUAGAAGAUUAAAAUGAUUUCAAUCAUAAAUCUCAUAAUACAAAUUUAAAAAGUAUAAAAUUCCAUAAUUUACAAAUUGUUAACAAAUCUAUUUUAGGGUUUAUCUAUAAAUGAAAACCAUUAUUUUAAAAAAAAAAAAUAGUUUAUUAAAUUUUAGUCCUUAAAUUGUUCUUUUUUUUUUUUUUUACUUUAUAUGAAACAAAUCUAGUUUAGAACAAUACUUGUAAUAAUUAAAACUUAAACAAUUGAAAUAAGUAUUCAUUUUAAUAUUUUAGUAGUUAAUGUAUUUUUAUUAAAUAUUCAUAUCCAAU